AAGAUUCUGUAUUCGGGAUUAAAUAUGAUGGGAAUACGAUCGUUGACGAUUUAAGAAAAGUUAUAUGGAAGGAAGAAAUCAAGGUUCCUGAACAUGUAAAAGCAAAAGACCUCCUUUUAUAUCAAGUUAAUAUAAAUCUUAACACACAAAAUCCUCAACGAGCCGCCCUUGGCAAUCCAGAUGCCAACAUUGUAACUGAUUUGGGUGGUCAGAAGUUGAGACCUAUUGAUAACGUUGAAAAUAAAUUUUCCGCACCCGCUAAUGAACAUAUUCACAUUAUCAUCGAGGUGCCUGUUGUUGCUGAGGCAACUUUGGAAACUACAGAAGGAGAACCAUCAUAUAAGCGGGCGAUUGAACAAAUCGCUAAUAUUCUUGAUAGGCAAAUGCCUUCUACUAAGUAUUUCUUUCUAAGCUUUUUCAAAAAACCAAGAAUCUCACUCUCAAAUACAAUUGUUUUCACUAUGAAUUCAACAAAUAAGAAUUUUGAUGAACAAUUCGUGUGGGAUGAUCGAGCUGAAAAUCAACAUAUGGAGGAUCAAAAAGAUUCACUAGCACUUGUCUGGUACGAUUCAAAGUCUAAGAAAGAUCUUUUGAGUGUCUACGAUGUCUCGCUUCCAUACAGAAUAAGUGGGACAGCAGAUGUGUUGGUUAUGGAUGAAAAGUUUUACAAUGUUCUAGAUUAUCAUAGUGGAAUCCGGGCUGGAUUCGAGUUAAAGAAAACGGUCCAAGAUUAUGACGUUAAUCAAGCUAUUGCCAAGCUUAUCGUGGCAAAUAUUCAUUCAAAUUAUGCCGUUUUCUUAGUUCUCACUGAUUUAAAUAAUAGUUGGAUGUUCUAUUGGCUUUCAAAUAAUAGAACAAUUAUGAUGUUUCGAGCCGCCAAUUCAAGUAAUGCUCUUGACAUUAUUGAGAGAGCACUUACCGAAGAUCCCACUUCUAUAACCAUUGACCCUAAUUUUCCUAUUGGAGCGAGAAUUAACUGCUUUCAUCAUUUGAGAAAUUUAUGA